UUCGUCAAUUACACCGCAGACGCUUGUGGUUGGCCGUGGUGUGGAAUCGCAUUAAUAACAAAUCGGUAACGGAAUGGUUUUCGUUGCAGGUCGCACUAGCGCAGACAGCUUGCAACCAUCGGCUGAAGAUGACUCCCUCAAGCAUGGUUCCGUUCGUGGUACUUCUGGUGGUUGGUUUGCUGGCUCCAGAACGCGCCCAGGCGCAAACAUCGAUCGGUGCCGCGGUGGUGUUCGAUCCGCAGGAUAUAACUGUAAUCGUUGGCGAACGGGAGCAGUUCCAGGCGAAGGUGCGUGGGAUGUUGACGCAGAACACGUGGUUGAACUUUUCCACCGAACAUGCGGAUCUCGUCGAGGUUUCACCCGGUUCGAUCGCAAUGGCCCCGGCUGAGGGUGGCUUCAUCGAUCGUGUGUACAAUCUCAUCCUGCUCGGUAUUUCGCCGGGUCAGUUUGAUUUGGUGGCGAAGGCGUUACCAACCGGGAUGGUCGACGAUGCGGCUGCAUUUAUCCGCGUAACGGUGGCCAACUCCCAAGCCAUCAUCGUGGUGUCGCAAGUGAUCGGGUGGAUCUACUUCGCCGCCUGGACCGUGUCAUUCUGGCCGCAGAUGAUCAUCAACUAUCGGCGGAAGAGUGUGAUUGGGUUGUCGUUCGAUUUCCUCACGCUGAAUCUCGUCGGCCACACAGUGUACGCCACGUUCAACUGUGCGCUGUUCUGGAGCGGUUACAUCGAGCAGGAGUACCUGGGUCGUAACCCGCGCGGGCUCAAUCCCGUGCUCACGAACGAUGUGGCCUUUUCGAUCCACGCGACCAUCGCCACGUUGCUCACCGUCGCGCAAUGCUUCAUCUACGAGCGUGGCGAACAAAGAGUGUCCCGGAUCGCGUGGGGAAUCAUCACCAUCUUUGGCAUUGUGAUCCUGGUGGCGGGAAUCCUCGUCAGCACGGACACCAUGCACUGGCUGGACUUUCUGUACGUGCUGAGCUACAUCAAGCUAUCGGUGACGCUGAUCAAGUACGUACCGCAGGCUGUGCUAAACUUCCGCCGCAAGAGUACCGUUGGAUGGAGCAUUGAAAAUGUCCUGCUGGACUUUACCGGAGGCAUGCUGAGCAUGCUGCAGAUGUUGCUGAAUGGGUACAAUUAUGAUGACUGGGCGUCAAUCUUCGGAGAUCCCACCAAGUUCGGGUUGGGUCUGUUCUCGGUGCUGUUUGAUGUGCUGUUCAUGGUGCAACACUACGUUCUGUACAGGAAUCGAGCGGACGCGAAAACGCUUCAGCAGGACUCAUCGGCGACGACCACGACCGCUAGCAAUGGUGGCAGCAAAGAUAGCAUCCCUUAGAUGGCGUGCCUUCUACACACGUGCAGGUGGCUUAUUGUUAAGAAUGUCUAGUUGUAACACAUCGCCAUCCCUUCGAGCCUCAUCCGCCAUAGGUGAUACAGUAGGAUUAAUAAUACCGAGCGGCAAAAUGCACCAGCGACCAAUGCCAUUUGUAGUCACUUUCGGGAAAGUGAUUUUUAGAUUAAGCCAGUGUGCAGCAAAUAAAUUUACCUUUCGUGCA